AUAACAUUCUAAUGCGGAUAAGCUCUCACGCGCCGUUUAGUAUCGUUAAUCGCGCACUCCGCGGCGCUCCUAUUUAUUAUUAUUUAAUUUAUUUAUUUUAAUUUAUAGUUGAAUAAUUUAAGAUGUUGAAAAUCGCUGCCGUUGUUUUUUGUUUGGCGGCCCUCUCCACCUGCCAGGUGCCGAUGGACUUUGCCUACUACCACGAUCUCCACUUGCCCCACUCUCCCCCGCUCCAUCCCACACUAGCUCGCGACACCAUUCAUACGGUAUUCAGCUGUCAGGGCCGAGCACGGGGGUAUUAUGCGGAUUUGGACACUGGAUGUCAGGCGUACCACUUCUGCUGGCACCAGCGUCUAGUGGCGACAGACCUUUGUGCCAAUGGGACUCUUUUCAAUGAACAGUUCCAGGUCUGCGAUCAUUUCUACAACGUGAGAUGCGGGUCACCUUAUGAAGAUCUAUGAA